GUUUGACUGAAUCUGAAUGCCAAUCAGUUACGGCAAGCCACCCAGGCUUCUGACAGCCCUUGUCCUUGCGACUCAUCUUGGCUUUGUUUGGCAGAACUAAAUUUGCAGUGACAUAAAGCCCCGAACAUCCUUAGGUGGUCUUUGAGGGCUUUUAAGCCCUUUUGCAGCCCACCAUCCCCAUCCAUCCUACAAUUCUCUUGAAUCCACGACCCUCCUUUCGUCACGACCCAACUCAAACAUCGCAAAAAUGACAUCUUACGCAGCAAAGCUGGUGGCCAAGAGGCUCUUCAAAGAAAAUUCGUCCAACAAAGGCGGCCGUGAGGAUCCCUACUUCGAGACGAUACCCGCUACCAGGCUCGGAGGACUCUACAAAACCACAAAGAAGAGGAGAAGGGCACUCCCACCUGGGUUGACGCCGGAAGAGGAGAAAAUCCUCACCAAAGCGAAAAGAAGAGCCUAUCGCGUCGACCUUUGCCUGGGAAGCUUUUUGGGCACAAGAUUUGGCUGGGGAGCGGUCAUUGGCUUGAUUCCUGGCAUCGGCGAUUUCGUUGACCUCUUCCUGGCCCUGAUGGUCUACCGCACCUGCUGCUCCGUCGAACCGGAAUUACCCUCGUCCAUCAAAAUGCGCAUGCAGAUGAACGUUCUCAUUGACUUUGCAGUUGGGCUGGUUCCCUUCAUCGGUGACCUGGCGGAUGCGGCAUACAAGUGCAACACCCGAAAUGUGGUACUGCUCGAAAAGGAAUUGCGUGUGCGUGGCCAGAAGAGGAUUAAGGGGACUCCGCAGGCCAAUGUUGCAGACCCGAGCCUUCCAGAUGAGUUCGACUACCAGAACGAGGAGGGAAGACUGAAUGCCCAGAACGGCCCUCCCCCAAGGUAUACCUCUCGACGAGAGUCGAGAAGGUCCAACCGAGAGAGGCAACGUGAUGUCGAAGCAGCAGAAGGUAUACCUCCACCGAUGCCUGCACGAACCCGUUGACUUGGGGAGUUGCGAGAGAGUCGUGCUCUGCCUUGAUAUGAUAUUGUCCCUGGAGUUUGCAAUUAGAGCGAUAGCGAGCGUCGAGCGUUCCUUUUCCUCGUCAGAAGAUCCAGAAAAGAAGCAAAAAAAAGGGUAUGAAGAUCGAUGGCAAUUGUCAACCUCCAGGAUCUGGAGGGAUUUCAAGCUCUAAUAUCUUGCUUCACCCUCGCACAUCCAUAGCAAAGAACAGCAUUUUCCUGCGAGCUCUCGAGAUUUUUUAUUGCUGGCAUGCCACAGAUUGGGCAAGCGUCGGCCUCCUGGUCAGCAGCGGCUUUAACUUGGAGUUUACUCGCCGUUCGCACCACGUUUGCCAUUAUGCUAGGGUAUUUCAAUCCCUGUCCGUUGAUGUAAUUGCUGAGGAGGUCGUCAAUCGAAGUAUUGCGAAUCGUAGACGCCUGUCGAUCGGGUAUAUCAUCGCUCAAGUC